CAUCCAAUCUUGAGACAAUGUCCCUCUUUGUUGACCGCCUGUAAUUCGUAGGAUUGAAUUAUUAUGUAAAUUCACGAAUCAAGAGGUUCCCGCUCGGUUAGCUGAUGUCGCUGGCGCAGGCUGCGGGGUAGCUUCCAUCUUCUGUUUGAUGUGAAGGGCAGCUCAAUGCACCUUCCUCUCGUAAGUUGACGCGAUGCACCAUCAUUGGAACGAACCCCGUGCUUCGCUCUCCCCAGAUGCUCCUUCUCGAGAAAGUCGGUGGCAAGCAGCAUUGGCGGUACGGGACAAGUAACCUCAUCCAAAUGCAUCUGUGUAGCACACAAGGCCUUGCACGACUUAUACACAUAAGGUAUGAGUCCAGUGCACACUUACACCUGCAGAGGAACAAUCCAUGCAGCCCACGUUCCCGCCUACCCCGGAGCACAUCUCAGUCAUAUCUCAACCAGUAUAAAAGUCCGUACUCCAUAAGGUGGGAGAAAUCCUUUCUCACUGAGAAUGCGUACCACCAACAGCCACCACAUCGUCAGCCCCUCACCCGCGGACCCAUCACCGACCGUCAGACCAAAACAUACGUAUCCGUACCCUCACCGCCCAACCGCUCCUUUGACAAACCGAGGAAAGCAAAUAAGCAUGCCGCGUCCCGUCACAGCUGGAAGCGGUGUGGGCUGUCAAACGAAGCCGAGGUGACAGGUGACAUGUCAGACCAACCGUAGGCCAGUCAGCAACAAAAGAUGCUGUGCGACAUCCCCAAGCAGCAGCAACAGCAGUAGCAAAUUUCCGGUGCCAUUUUCCUCUGCACGACGCCGGAUUACGUUGCCUGCC